AAGUAGUGUCAGUCGCAUUACUGCAAGAAAAUCGUGAGAAGGGUAUGGCCGACGAAAUCAACGGCAUAUUGUUCCGACACAUCGCUCCACAAGCUCACUUCUCCGAUUCGUCCACUACUACUUUUCCGAUUUGCCCUCGUCUUCAGACAAGGAGCUGAAAAUUUUAGAAACAUGGGUGAUGCAAUUGAUUUAUCUGGGGAUGGAGGUGUCAUCAAGACCAUUAUAAGGCGAUCCAAACCUGAUGCGGUUGCCCCAUCAGAGGAUCUCUCUCUUCUUGAUGUUCACUAUGAAGGCAUUCUUGCUGAAACUGGUGAGGUUUUUGAUACUACACAUGAAGAUAAUACAGUAUUCUCCUUUGAACUUGGGAAAGGCACUGUUAUCAAGGCUUGGGACAUUGCAUUGAGAACAAUGAAGGUUGGCGAGAUUGCAAAAAUCACUUGCAAGCCAGAAUAUGCCUAUGGCAGUGCUGGUUCUCCACCAGAUAUUCCCCCCGACGCAACCCUUAUUUUCGAGGUGGAGUUGGCAGCGUGCAAGCCUCGGAAGGGUUAUAGUCUGGGAAGUGUUUCAGACGAGAGGGCUAGGCUAGAAGAGCUGAAGAAGCAGAGGGAGAUUGCAGCUGCAAUCAAAGAGGAAGAAAAGAAGAAGAGAGAAGAAGCUAAAGCUGCUGCAGCUGCUCGAAUGCAAGCUAAGUUGCAAUCCAAGAAAGGGGGACAAGGAAAGGGAAAAGGGAAAGCAAAAUAGAGUCAUCUCACUUCCCUUUGAACAGAAAUAUCAUUUUAAAGAAACUCACUUGUUCUACUGAUGUUUAGAAGAGUUUGGAAAAAACAAAAAACAGAAUUACAAUUAUGAAAUAAAUGUACUUGUAUCUCGUAUUUUCUUUAUCAACCAAUUACUUCUCUAA